UAGAAAUCGAAGCAGCAGGAUCGAGUUUGCCUUCUCCGCGUCUCUGUUUCGUGCGCAAAAUAUUGGAGUGAGUAUGAGUGUGCCUUGCUCGGACCAGGAUUUUAGGCCGAUGAAGGGGAAGAAUGCAAGCUUGCCACCGGGGGUGAGAGCAGAGAGGUGUUGGUGCGGCCGCCUUGCGAAGGUGAAGGAGGUGGUUGAUUUUUCAGAUAAGUUCGGCAUGAAAUAUUACAUGUGCGCGAGCUAUGAUCAUGAUCCACCCAGACAAUCAAGUUCAUCGUCCUCAAGGCCUGCGUCUCCCCCGCCCCUUUGCAUGUGGUUUCAUUGGAUAGACCAGGAGCAGCCGGAUUGGGCACGCCGUGAGGUGGAGGAAAAACAGCGGCGUGCAUGGGCAAUGUUCCAUGAGGAAGAGCGUUUCGAAAAGGCUAUUGCUAAUGAUAAAGCAGAAAGAGAGAGACAGAUACAAAAAUUAAGGGCGGAGCAAGCUCGAAAUCGUGAGGUGAAUCAGAAGAGGAUGGAUGAUGAGGUUGCACGUAGGUAUGCAGAGGAAGAGGUGCGCAGAGAGGCCCGUGAAGCGGAGAGGAAGAGAUUAAGGGAAAGAGCCGCCGAGGCGCAAGCGGCAGAAGAACGCGGCGACAAGUCCGGAAAAUGGCCACGGUGGACACAGGGCAAAUAGAGUGAUCUGUUGUACUAGCUAUGUAUGUUAAUUUCUGUUUUACUUUCGCGUUGUAUCUUAAAAUUCAUUGCAGUUAUUAUGUUGUAUCUUAAACGUUUUUACUUAUGUUGCAUCUUCAUUAUUGGAGUUA